GUAUAAAAUCCUCGUAAUCACUAUUUAAUGUUUAUUACAAGUUUUCCUACUAUUUACGAUAUUCGUAUCGUGUGGGUAUAAUAUAUUCAAGUUUUACUAAUCUUUAUAUAUGAUCUUUGAUAUCAAAACAGAAUGUCAGGCCUACAAAAUCGUAGUUCCCAGUUACUUAAGUACACAAGACUUUUCAAUAAUGUCAGUGUCACACGGUUAAGUUCAACUACUGCUAAAUCAUCUGCUGAAGUGAUUCAACGAGAGAAAAAAGUUUCUGCAAACAAUUAUGAUCCUAGCCCCGUGGUUAUCACCAGAGGAGAAGGUAUUUUUAUGUGGGACGUUGAAGGAAAAAAAUAUUAUGACUUUGUGGGAGGAUUUGCCACCCUCAAUCAGGGUCACUGUCAUCCAAAAAUUAUUAAGGCCAUGACAGAUCAAUUAAACAAGCUUCAUCACACGUCAAGAGCUAUAUUUCACGACUCGUUGUAUGAACUUAAUGAGUUCUUGACUAAACAAUUUGGCUAUGAAAAAGUUUUGAACAUGAAUACUGGUGUUGAGGGAGGAGAGUCUAGUGUCAAGAUAGCUAGAAAAUGGGGAUAUAGGGUGAAAAAAAUUCCACAAAAUCAAGCGCAAGUUGUAUUUGCCCAUGGAAACUUUUGGGGGAGAACAAUCGCCGCUAUUUCCUCAUCUACAGAUCCAAAUUCCUUCGAUGAAUUUGGACCUCAUGUUCCUGGUUAUCAAAUAGUGCCUUAUGAUGAUUUAGGAAAACUAGAGCAAGCAUUGAGAAAUCCAAACGUAUGCGCAUUUAUGGUGGAACCAUUACAAGGCGAAGCAGGAGCAGUGGUACCUAGUCUAGGCUACUUGAAAGGAGUUCGCGAGCUUUGUACAAAAUAUAAUGUUCUUUGGAUUGAUGAUGAAGUACAAGCUGGAUUGGGUAGAACCGGAAAAAUGUUAGCUGUCGAUUAUGAAAACGUCAAACCUGAUCUGUUGAUCCUCGGUAAAGCACUUUCCGGCGGAGUCUAUCCAAUUUCUGCGGUAUUGGGUAAUUGUGAAGUAAUGGAUGUUCUUACUCCUGGUACACAUGGAUCGACAUAUGGUGGAAAUGCGUUAGCGUGUAAGGUUGCUCUGGCUUCACUAGACGUAAUCAUAAACGAAGGUUUGGUUGAAAACGCAUUCAAGAUGGGUGAGAUCUUUAGAUCUGAACUUAAUGCACGUUUGAGCAAAGAUAAAGCAAUUAAAGUCAGAGGAAGAGGCUUACUGAAUGCUAUCGUAUUGAAUACAAAAGGAGUAUCAGAUGUCUACAAAUUAAAUAAUGAACUGAAAUCAAAUGGAAUGAUAUCUAAGCCUAUUGGGUCGAGUGCAUUGAGAUUCUCACCACCAUUAAUAAUUACAGAAACUCAAUUGCGUGAAGGGAUUGAUAUAAUUGUAGAUACUAUAAAUAAUUUUAAUAAUUAAAUUAUUCAUUGAUACCAUUAUAUAUAAAAUGAUUUCAAAA